AUGGCCUCAACCCCAGUCUUCUCACCCCGUUUCGACGUCAAAGAAACCCCAACCAUGUACGAGCUGUACGGCGAACUCCCGGGAAUGGAUGGGAAGAACCUCGACAUCGAGUUCAGCGACGCGACCACCCUCGUCAUCAGAGGCAGAGUCGACCGUUUCUACGAGCGCCAAGCCACAUUCCCCAAUGCCUCCCUCGCAACCGCAAUCGCCUUGUCCCACCCGGCACCUAAAGAUCCUAAGAAGACCGAGGAUGACAAGAAGCCUGUAGAGGUUCAGAAGAGUCCACAGGAGAUUGCUCAGGAGACCGAGGCGCAGAUUAGGACUGGCGGGAAGUAUUGGGUUGCUGAGCGCGUGGUGGGAGAUUUUGUUCGGAGCUUUGGGUUCCCGGUUCAGGUGGAUCAGGAUGAUGUUAAGGCUUCUAUGGGGAAUGGGGUGCUAAGUAUUUAUGUUCCUAAGGCUGGGACGAGAAGGGGAAGGAGGAUUCCGAUUUGA